UAACAUAGCAUACAAAGAAAUAGAGGUUAAAAAUGAAGGGAAUUGCGGCGUUGUUUGUGAUGCUUGUGAUGGCAGCUGCGGUGGUGCAGGAUGCGGCGGCGGCGGAGUGCAACCCGAUGAAGCUGUUUCCGUGCCUGGGGGCGAUAUCGUCGGGGCAGGAUCCGUCGGCGGAGUGCUGCGCGAAGCUCAAGGAGCAGCAGCCGUGCUUCUGCGACUACCUCAAGAACCCGCAGUUGAAGCCCUAUGUUGACUCUCCUAAUGCUAAGAAAGUUGCUGCCGUCUGCGCCAUCAACCCUCCGACUUGUUAAUUUCUUUCAUUAAUGGACUUUUACUAUCUAUGCUUCAUUCAAUAAAAUAUUACUAUUACAUUACAUGUUUUUUUAUUUUGGAUUCUCUUUUAUUCCAAGUAAAACAUAUUGUCCAUUUUGUUUGGUUUCGCACUUUCAAAGAAUUAAGAUUUUGUCUAUUCCUUUUGCACUACUCUGUACUUGUACUACUACUUUAUUAUUAAUAAUAAUAAGUUUGUUCAUAAACCAUAUGAUAUUACGGUAAAUUAUCAGA